CAAAAAAGUAAAAAGAAAACACAUAAUUGUAUUGUAUCUGUUGAUGUCAUAAACCAUAUGAUCCACAAAUCCAUGAAAUGUACUCAAAUAAAAUACAAAAAUGACAGCUACCUAUAUUGUACAUAAGCAAGUAAUUUCUCCAUAGAGAGUCCACUCCCUAGUACUGUGCUUUAGUUUCUGAGCCACUUUGCAAUCAUUCACAUUCACUCUUCCCAAUCUCAUUCAUGGCUUCUUCAAAAUGGUCAUCAUCUUCAGGUUUCAGCUUCUCAGAAAACUGGCUUGUGAUGGUAGCCAUUACCCUCAUUUGUGGAAUUUUUUGUUACAUAAUCUAUGAUGCAAUAAUGGCUACUGCAUCAGAGUUGCUGCAACGUUUGCUGGUAAUUUCUCCACUGCUAUUAAUCAUCAUUGUUCAUUGGCUUUCCACUGGUAGCCAGUUAAACUUUCCCAUGCCAGGAUCUGAACCAGGUGCUAUCCAUAGAGCUGGUGGUUCUCCUUGGGGUGUUGCCUUUGUUCUUUUGUUGCUUUUCUUUCUUAUUUCCUACCAACCUUCUCUGCAUGACCUUAUUUCUUAGCAUAUGUGUGCUGCUAUGAUGUAUUCUACUGUAUGUUUGGAUUGUGGCGACUUUGGUAGAAUCGCGUGAUUUUGCUAAAUUCGUCGUGAAUCUAAACAUGCAUUAAGCUAAGCUUAGAAAAUGAAGUGCAUGUCACUAGACAUGAGAUGUAGGGGUUGUUGGAGUUAUAUUAUCAGCUUCUUGUACCUCAUAAUGAAGUUGUUUCUUACAAACUUUUAUGAAAUGAGAUCAUAAUCAGCUAGAUUUGGGCUGUGAA